AAGGAAAGACUUCUUUUUGUUCACUCCUUAUAUUAGAACAAUCCUCGAGUGUAGAGAGAAACAUGAACUAGAAAAUGAAAGCAAACACAGCACUCAUUGUGACUACUUUAGCUCUGCUACUGAUCACUCAAACAAUCACAGAAGCUCAGCACAAUCCCACGCACAAAGAAGUAGAAGAAGAAAAGAGAUCAAGAAGCACUAGAAGCAGCACAAGAAGCAGAAGCAGAAGCAGAAGUAGAAGUAGAAGAGGCAGCAGCAAUGGAGGAAGAACAAGAUCAAACUGUGAUCCAUUGUUUCAAUACCUGUUUGGAACCUGUGGCCAAUGGCCUUUCCCUAUAAACCCUUCCCCAAGCAACCCUUUUGACCCAACACCUCGACCCUCUCCUCGACCGCCACGUAUCCUGCCUUCUCCUCCCACACUCCCCUUCCCUCCUUCACUUCCAUCUCCACCCCCAGUAGUACUAUCUCCACCCCCAUUAGUGCUCUCCCCACCCCCAUUAGUACUAUCUCCACCACCACUAGCACCCCCCCCUUUAGCUGCUGCUCCACCGCCAUCAUCACCGCCGCCUUUGCCCUCGCCACCACCGCCUUUGCCCUCGCCGCCACCACCUUCCCCACCUCCUCCACCACCAUUAGUUCCAUCACCACCUCCACCAUCUCCUAGUCCACCACCACCACCAGAAUUCCUCCCCCCACCCAUCCCAAUUGUAUAUCCACCACCAGAAAUGAUACAACCACCCACCCUUCCAUGGCUAACACCUCCCCCAUUAGUACCUACACCAGAGCAACCAGCCUUUGAUCUUCCUCCACCUACAGCAGACUUACCACCACCUGCUGAAGACUCUCCUCCAUUUUCAUUUGCACCACCAACUAUAUCAACCCCAACUGCACCAGAGCCUGGUGUGAUUACUCAGCCACCAUCUUUGCCCAUUCCUCAGUCACCAGAAAUCUUUCUUCCACCUCCAAUUCCUGAAGUGCCCCAAAAUCCACAGGGGCCAUUUCCAUUUGUACCACCAAUUAUAUCAACCCCAACUGCACCAGACCCUGGUGUGAUUGAUCAGCCACCAUCUUUGCCCAUUCCUCAGUCACCAGAAAUCUUUCUGCCACCUCCAAUUCCUGAAGUGCCCCAAAAUCCACAGGAGCCAUUUCCAUUUGGGUCCACGCCACCAGCACCAGAUAUGGAUUUCAAUGAGCCAUUGUCACCCCCAGAAAUCCCUUUUCUGCCUCCUGUUGAUCAGCUUCCACCGGCGUUUGAUUCACCUCCCUCUUAUAGUUAAGAACUAAUUAAUUAAAUUGUUUUCUUUGGUUCUUAUGCUUCUUCAGUCUAGAUGAAAAUAAUUGCUACGUACCAAAAUGUGAAUUGUGUUUUGUUUUGUAAUGUAUCAAUGUUUUGGAGAAUUUGG